UCGCGACCGCACGGCCGACGCAGAGCGCUUUAAGAACGCCGUCGAGGUCCUCAAGAAGGAGGCGUCCUCCCUGUCGAGGUUGCGGCACCCGUGCAUUCUCGAGAUGGCCGAGCCCAUGGAGGAAGGACGGUCGACCAUCACCUUCGCGACCGAGCCCGUCACCGCCUCGUUGCGCCACGCCAUCGACGCCUCGGACGCCGCCCAAGACCCUUCCGGACGCGCGUCGUACCGCCCCAAGACGGAGCAGGACCUCGAGCUCGACGAGGUCGAGGUGCAGAAGGGCCUGUCGCAGCUCGGCAAAGGCCUCCAGUUCCUCCACGAGUCGGCCAAGCUCGUGCACGGCAACCUGACGCCCGACGCCGUCAUCAUCAACGCCAAGGGCGACUGGAAACUGAGCGGGUUCGGCCAGUCGCGGUACCUGUUUGACCCGCAGGGCGCGCCCGCGAGGUGGGAGUUUCUCGCAUUCGACCCGGACCUGCCGACAAGCUGCCAGCGCGACUACGACUACAUCGCUCCCGAGUACGCCCUCGACGAGUCGCCACCGGCCCCGUCCAACGACAUGUACUCGCUCGGCUGCAUCCUCCACGCGAUCCACACGCACACCGGCCCGCCGUUCCAGAACCGCCACUCGCUCAAAAAGCUGCGCACCAACCUCGAGGAAGGCCUCGGCCUCGUCUCGUCGCAGUGGCGCAAGCUGCCCCAGGACGUCCAGGAGGUCCUCGCGAGCCUCUUGACGCGGUACCCGAACCGGCGCUUGACGGCGCGCCAGUUUCUCGAGAGCAGGUACUUCGAGGGCCUGCUUGUCGGCACGCUGCGCUUCCUCGAGCGCGACUCGUUCGCGUCAACGUCGAGCGAGGCGCAGGCGAGCUUCCUCAAGGGCCUCGUCUCGGUCCUCCCGAGCUUCUCCGACAAGGUCGUGCGGCGCAAGAUCCUCCCCUCGCUCCUCGAGGAGACGCGCAAGGCCAACCUGAUCCCGUUCCUGCUCCCCAACGUCCUCUACAUCGCGAGCCGCAUGACGCCCGACGACUUUCGCCUCGAGGUCCUACCCGCGCUCAAGCCCCUGUUCGCCAUCAAGGACCCGCCGCAGGCCGUCGUCGCCCUCAUCGAGAACAUGGCCACCAUCCACGCCAAGUGCUCGCCGAGCGUCUUUCGCGAGGAGGUCAUGCCGCUCAUCUACUUUGCGCUCGAGAGCGACAACCCGGUCGUGCUCGAGAAGGCGCUGCGCGCCGUCCCGAGCCUGUGCGAGUCGCUCGACUACACGACCGUCAAGCAGACCCUGUUCCCCAAGAUCACGACCGUCUUCUCGCGCACGACCGUGCUCUCGGUCAAGGUCAACACCCUCAUCUGCUUCCACUCGAUGAUCAAGAUCCUCGACAAGUUCACCUUGACCGAAAAGCUCGUGCCGCUCCUCGCCAAGAUCAAGACCAAGGAGCCGAGCGUCAUGAUCGCGACACUCGCCGUCCACGAGGAGAUGGGCAAGAAGUGCGAGAUCGAGGCCAUCGCGACCCUCAUCCUCCCGCAGCUGUGGGCCAUGUCGAUCGGCCCGCUCCUCAACGUCGACCACUUUGCGCGCUUCAUGGCCGUCAUCAAGCAGCUGUCGACCCGGGUCGAGGCCGAGCACUCGCGGCACCUCGCCGAGCUCAAGCGCCUCGAGGAGAGCAGCGGCGGCGCAGGGGCGCACGGCAUGAACGGGCCGGCCAACUCGGGCACGGGCGCCAUCAGCGCGGCGGCCGUCACCGACUUUGAGAGCCUCGUCAGGGGCAAGACCCUCACGCCGACGCCGACGGGCAUGUCCUCGCCACCUCUCCCUGCUCUCCCCGCCGCCUCGCCCUCCUUCCACACCUCUACCAGCUUCGCCUCUCCCGCCACCGCACAACCUUUGCGCCCAAGCGCGCCUCGCGUCGCGUCGUCAUUCGGCUCGACCGCGUCGCUCGCCGCCGCACGACCUCCCGCCUCGCCGUCGUUCGCGCCGCCGCCGCGAGCUGCACCGGUCGCGCCGAGCCCGGCACCUGCGCCUGCGACGGCACGAGCGCCGGCUCUGCGCAGCUUUGCGCCGCUGCAGCCCGGUCCGUCUCGCACCGUCACCUCCUCUUCUCUCGCCUCGACCUCGGCGCACCAGCCCAACUACAACCUGUCCCUCUCGACGACGACGCCCUCCUCGUCCGGCCUCCCUCCCCUACAGCCGACCUCGUCCUCCAUCUUCGCCUCACCGCCAUCCUCCUCCGUCGCGCCCGCCCAGCCCUCCUGGAACCGCGUCCCGUCCCUCGCGCCGACACCCUCGUACGGCGCCGCAGCAGCAGCCGUAGCAGCACCCUCACCGGCGUUCCCGCCAGGGUACAGCCCGGCCGGAGCGCUCCAGCCGACGGUCGUGCAGCGGCCGGGGCAGCAGAAGAGCGCGAUGGACUUUGGGAAUUGGGCAGACCUCGACCCGCUGCGCAAGUAGCUCCUCUCCUCUUUUCGAGCAACGAGCACAGUUUGCCGAGCGUGCUCUUUUC